AUGCAUAGACGACAGUUUUUUCAGGAAUAUCAUAGUCCGCAACAGCAGCAAGGACAUUCACCAAGAUCGGAAUAUCAAGUUCUCGAAGAAAUCGGGAGAGGCUCAUUUGGGUCCGUACGAAAAGUCAUCCAUAUACCCACCAAGAAACUUCUGGUUAGAAAAGACAUUAAAUAUGGCCAUAUGAAUAGCAAGGAGAGGCAACAGUUGAUCGCCGAAUGUAGUAUUCUGUCGCAAUUGAAACAUGAAAAUAUAGUGGAAUUCUAUAAUUGGGACUUCGAUGAACAAAAGGAAGUGCUGUAUCUUUACAUGGAGUACUGCUCCAGAGGUGACUUAUCUCAAAUGAUUAAGCAUUAUAAACAGGAACAUAAAUACAUACCGGAGAAGAUCGUGUGGGGUAUUUUGGCGCAAUUAUUAACUGCACUUUAUAAAUGUCAUUACGGUGUCGAAUUGCCGACUUUAACCACAAUAUAUGAUCGAAUGAAGCCACCAGCGAAGGGGAAAAACAUUGUCAUCCAUCGUGAUUUGAAACCAGGUAAUAUAUUCUUGAGUUAUGACGAUAGUGACAACAGCCUCAGUGAAGAAGUAGACGGUCACGACGAAGUAAACAAAAAUUAUUACAGAGACCGUAGAGUAAAUUCACGCAAAAAAGGAAGUUCUAUGGAUUACAGCCAAGUAGUAGUUAAACUGGGUGAUUUUGGGCUGGCCAAGUCUCUAGAGACUAGUAUUCAAUUUGCUACCACAUAUGUGGGUACACCAUACUAUAUGUCGCCUGAAGUGUUGAUGGAUCAGCCAUACUCGCCACUAUCCGACAUUUGGUCACUGGGUUGUGUUAUAUUUGAAAUGUGCUCAUUGCAUCCCCCAUUCCAGGCAAAAAAUUAUCUGGAAUUACAAACCAAGAUCAAAAACGGGAAAUGCGACACUGUUCCCGAGUACUAUUCUAGGGGACUUAAUGCCAUAAUACAUUCAAUGAUAGACGUGAAUUUGAGGACCAGGCCUUCCACUUUUGAAUUAUUGCAAGAUAUUCAGAUACGGACAGCAAGAAAGUCGUUGCAAUUAGAGAGAUUUGAAAGAAAGUUAUUAGACUAUGAAAAUGAACUGACAAACAUCGAAAAAAUCCUGGAGAAGCAAGCCAUUGAAUAUGAAAGAGAACUAAGCCAACUAAAGGAGCAGUUUACACAGGCUGUGGAAGAGCGAGCCAGAGAAGUAGUGAACGGUAAGAAAAUAGGUAAAGUUCCAGAGUCUAUAAACGGAUAUUAUGGUAAAAAAUUCUCCAAGCCUGCAUACCACUGGCAAACUCGAUAUCGAUAA